AUGAAUGCUAUCACACUGGUUCUGUUCAAAGGAGAACUCACCGAAGGCGAACAUCGGAAGUACUGGAUUUUCAUCACCAACAUUUGUGCCAUCUCUAGGUUCUGUUUGGAAACGGUGCCCGAUCUUAAAACGGAGGUGAAGAAUUAUGUGAAACAUAUGGAACUUGGUGAUGCGUUGCUCGCGUUUAUUUUGGACGGGCCGCACCCAAGCCUACUACCACAGAAUAGCAUACCCUCGCCUUGGAACAAAGCAAAUUCAAAAGGGCCUGCAACUGAGCCUAAUCUGGUCAAACAGCAGCCCGAGGCAUCCGGCUCUAGUACCCCCGUUGGGCAACAGCAAUCAGUGGACAUGGCAUAUCUAGAGGGUGCCAAAGGACAGUCUACUCGCCUAAACCAUCCACCGCAAACUGUCCAACGUCCAGUGCUGGCAGAUAGCGCCCCUAUUCACCAGCCGUCUAACCAGCAACCUCCGCAGGAGCACAGUCUAAAUGAGCAAUUGUCUCCAACUCAGGGCACUGCUGGGCCCAAAUUCACAUCAUUUAGGCAGCAACCACCGUCGGGGUUGAAUACAGCAUCAGCACCAGCUUUAGCCCAAGCCACUGGGGAACAGAAUUCCCUCCCAACCACCCAAUUCCCGUUCACGGUGCAACCGGGGCAAGUGUCCCAAUAUGCCUCCAAUACUAUUAAUCAGGGCAGCAGCAACCCUGUUCAACCGCUUCCAACUUCAUCAACAGUACAGCAAUUUCCACAGGGUAGCCAUCCUGUUAUGAACCCGGGGGUGCAACCUUUGAUGGCCCAACCAUUCCAGAUGCAUAAUGCCCAACAGUCCCAUGCCACUCCGUUGAACGUCGCCUCAAAGCAAUUACAGACACCUGCCGCUCAUCCCGUACCCACACAGGUACAUUCCGGCCAGCCGACUGGUCUAGGAUGGGCGGGACAGUCACAAGUGCCACCACCAACUAUGCAAUCACACCAAGGCCCUGUUGUCCCGAGCAACGGCUCCCAGCCAACCACAUUUUUCCCUGGCUCCCAAUGGGCCACAAUUCCACCCGGUUUUACACAAACCUCAAGUCAAGGUACGGUGCCAGUGCAACAGGGGAGUAUCACCCUUCCUACACAGGCUUUAUCCCAACCACACGGCCAACCUGGGACAAACAUGUUCACUCAACCACCUGCGACACAAUCCCAGACAGAAGCUGAUGCCCUCAGCCAUGACUUGGAUGAUGGCCGCUCCUCCAGUCAGGCAUCAGAAGGUGAAUCACAAAAUACACUUGCAGAUAAGGCCGGCUUUUCAGUGACCUGUGUUAAGUUGCUGGAGGUUCUUGCUAAUGGGCUGAGCGGGAUCAGUGAAGUGCGAUUAGACCUGGACCGGGUCAUGGAAGAUAUCAGGACAUUGCACCAGAACAUAGAGCGGAACAAAGAGGAUGUGAGGUACGGUGUCUCCAAUGCUCCAAUGUCAACUACAGCAACAUGA